AUGAAAUAUAAAAAAGAAGACUAUGAGUUGAUAGAUGAAUUUAAGGACAAAUAUAACCAGAAGAACAUCAAAUUCAUAUACACGGAUAGAUCAAGGAUCGAGGGAAACCCAAGUGUUGGAGCAGGAAUAGUGAUAGAAGAAGAAGAAGAAGAUGCAUAUUAUGCAAGUUUACCAAAAAACUCGUCAGUAUAUACAGCAGAAGCAUACGCAAUAAAUGCAGCUCUAAGGAAAAUAGAGGACAAAUUGGAGAGGGAAAAUAAGGAAGAAGAGGAAAUGAUUAUAAUAUUAUCAGAUAACCAAGGAGUAAUAAAAGCAAUUAAAAACAACAGAUUAGACGUGUACAAAAAUAAAUACAUAUUAGAUAUUAGAAGGAGACACCACAAAAUAAAAACAAGAUACAAUAAGAGAAUAAUCUAUGCAUGGAUACCGUCUCACAAAGGAUUCACGGGAAAUGAAAUGGCGGAUAAAUUAGCAAAAACAGGAACAGAAGAAGACAAUAAUAAGAGUAUUGAAGUACCUAUACAAGAUUAUAUGACAAUAUUCAAGGAGGAAGCAAAAAGGAGAACACAAGAAAAAAUAAAAAAUGAAGCAAGUUAUAAGGGAAGAGACUACUUUAGAAGAUACUAUGAUGAAGAAAAGAAGAAACCAUGGUUCCACAAAAUAAGAACGGAAAGAUAUUUCUACACAUGGAUGAACAGAAUACGAGCAAAUCAUUAUAAUUUGAACGAGUCCUUAGCUAGAAAGGAAUACAUAGCGACACCUGACUGUGAAUGUGGAAACUACGUGGAGGAUAUCAAUCACGUGGUAUGGGAGUGCAGAAAAUACGACGACCAGAAAGAAAGGUUGAACGAGGAGCUCGAGAUCAGGAAUCUUAGAGGAACGGAAGACAUUUUUGAGAUAAUCAGGAGAGAAGAUUGGAUGAAAAUUUCAGUGAUAUUCAGAUUCAUUAAAAAAUUGAACAGGAUCAUAUAA